AAAUUUUCAAAACUAUUUUUGAAAACACUCGACUCAGUUAUGCAGCUCAUAUUUCAGCUCUUGAUAUUCGAGAUUUUCGUGUUUUUUGGCGUUCUUGGAGCCCCAUAUCAUGUUCAAGAAGAGUGUUCAACAAUGGAUCAUCUUAUUGAUAGACAUCUGACUGAUUUUUCCGAAGCUCUUCAAAGUGUGCUGGACGAAAAAAACUCGUUUGAAAUGUUGAGAGGAGAAGAUGAGGAUAACUUUAUGUUUGUCCAGGGAUGUGAAACCAUUGAAAGGGACCUAAAUGUUAUCACUUGCAAGAAAUUAAGAGAUAAGAAUCGGAAUGUUAUCAAGCAAUGCUAUGAGUUGGAUCUUGUUGGAACACCACUGUCAUACUGUAUUCAGAGAAAACUUAAUGCUGACAAAGUCGCUAAUCGUUGUGUGAAAACAUAUUUGAAAUCAAAAGACACACGUGAGCUUAAACGUCUUUUCGACACAAAUCUGAAAUGUUUGGUGGAAGGAUUCACUAGCCUUUGCGGACAUGAAGCGGGAAAAGUGAUUUCGGAGAAUUUGAAGAAAAUUAAAUAUCUGAAAGGUAUUAAUUGAUUUUCGUAUUUAGUAUGUUGUACAUACAUUUUUUUUUUAACUCCAAAAAUAUGUUUUAUCUUUUCAUUAUUACUUUAUUAAAAAACUUUAAAACUUCAAUUUUGUUGCAACAUAUAAUAAAACUAUAUUAAAUUAAAUAAAAACUUAUUCAUUUUGUACAAUUCAACUUGUUUUCUAUUGUCUCUAGCAUCCCAUCAAUGAAUGUUUCAAGUGCCAA